GAACACCAGCCAAUCAGAAACACAGCAAUGACCGGUUCCGGAAACGGGUUUGUUUUUAACUCGUGUUGUUUGUAGAGGCGUUAAAAAUUUUCUUCCCUGGGAAAAUAUAACAAUGAGUUUGUCGAUGCGGAGCGAAAUUGCAGCGGACAGAAGUAAAAGAAAGAAGAAGAGGGAACUGAGCGAGGAACAAAAGCAAGAAGUCAGAGAGGCAUUUGACCUCUUCGAUACUGAUAAAGACAGAGAAAUAGACUAUCACGAGUUAAAGGUUGCCAUGAGGGCUUUGGGGUUUGACGUGAAGAAAGCGGAUGUGCUUAAGAUAUUAAAAGAUUACGACCGGGAAGGAAGUGGGAAAAUUACAUUUGAAGAUUUUAAGGAAGUGGUGACAGACAAGAUUUUGGAUCGAGAUCCUCAGGAGGAGAUUCUGAAGGCUUUCAAGUUGUUUGAUGAUGACGACUCUGGGAAGAUCAGUCUGAGGAACCUGCGGCGGGUGGCAAGAGAGCUCGGCGAGAACAUCACAGACGAGGAGCUGCGAGCCAUGAUAGAUGAGUUUGAUGCAGAUGGAGAUGGAGAAAUAAACCAAGAAGAGUUCAUUUCCAUCAUGAUGGGACACUCCUGAAGUAGAUGGAUAACAGCGUGGAUGUGAAGCUCCAUCUGCAUUUUGCUCUUUUUGCAACAGAUACAGAUGGUCAGAAUGAACCAGUUGUCAGGACUGUUUGAGCUGGUUACCUAAAGAUUUGGAUGUCCUCAUGUUUUGGACUAAUUUCACCUUUAAUUGGUUUAAAAUACAGUGUUUUGUACGUUUGCAUAGUCAGAUGAUUUAAAUUAGUGUGAUAGUCAAACCUUAUUUUUCAUAUUUCACUGUGCAUUUUGCACAUUACAUGGGUUUUGCAGUAGUAAAUGUAAGUUUUGCCAUCUCCAAAGCUUGCGAUUACAUAACCUUACAGAUUUCACUGGAGAGGAAAAUUGAUCUCUGUGAAACUUCUGUCGUAUCAAACAUGGGCCUUAAUUACCAUCCUGGCUUUAACGGUACUGAAGUUAAACAUUGUGAAACACUGUGUAAUGUAUCACUUGAAGGUUUUUCUAAGUGAAUAUACUAUAGUUUUGUAUCAUAUCUAGUUUUGGAGGAUUAUAAUAAAACAUGAAGAUUCAUUAGCUCUGGACCAAUUAAAAAACAACAAAAAAAAAAAAACAGGUUGCUUUAGCAGGACUUCAUAGGACAAAUAAUGUUUUGUGGUUCUUAAAGGGCAAAUCCUCGCACAGGUUACAGUGACUCAAAUAAUAAAUGGGCAAAUAUUUGAGAAAUACUGCAAUUGCCCACUAAGGAGUUGUGCCCAGCAAAUGUACAGAAGAGUGAGAAAAUGAACCACUAGAUGGAGAUAUUUUCCAAAUUUUUGCAGCAGAUUUUCAUUGAAGCUUCAUUUUGGGGGUAACAGUUUUUAAAGAGAACCGUGAGACUGUGGCUGUGUGUCUUGGCAGUCAAAUAGAUGGUUUACUGUUACAGGCUUUUUUUUUUUUUUUUUUAAAAACUUCUGUUAAAAGCUGUAACUAUAUUAUUUUAAUACCUAAAAUUCCUUUUGGCUUCCAAUAACACACUGGUCUUGACAUUUACUUCUUAAUCCAAACCUUUCAAAUCAUUUGGUGGCAAGUUAAAUCUUUGCAUUGAGAGUCAUAUAUCUGGGUUUGGCAUGCAGGAAAUUUUAAACCACAGCGGGCCUAAGGUUGCUGUUUUUUUAAAUGAAUUUUGCAUUGAAAUAUAAAUAUGUAGUUAUGUG